GGUCACGCACGACACGCAGGUGUUCCACGGUGUUAAUUAAAUCUAAACAGCCCCACGCGCCUGUGGAAAGUGCUCACGAGCUGCUGCACUGAAAAGACCCACGCUCUCGCAUUAAAUCUGUUUACGCAAGAUGAACGGCAGUGGACCAGCGUAUCCCCUGGCCUCUUUAUAUGUUGGGGACCUACACCCAGAUGUUACAGAGGCCAUGCUUUAUCAAAAGUUUUCUCCUGCUGGACCCAUCAUGUCUAUCCGUGUGUGCCGAGACAUCAUCACUCGCAGAUCCCUGGGAUAUGCCUACAUAAACUUUCAGCAACCAGCUGAUGCGGAGUGCGCCCUGGAUACAAUGAACUAUGAUGUCAUCAAGGGUCGACCAAUUCGAAUAAUGUGGUCCCAGCGUGACCCGGCGCUCAGGAAGUCUGGUGUGGGGAACAUAUUUAUUAAGAACAUGGAUGAGUCUAUUGACAACAAAGCGCUGUAUGACACUUUCUCAGCCUUUGGCAAUAUUUUAUCCUGCAAGGUCGUCUGUGAUGAGAAAGGAUCCAAAGGUUACGGUUUUGUCCACUUUGAGACUCAGGAAGCUGCAAAUCGGGCCAUUGAAACAAUGAAUGGGAUGCUUCUAAAUGACAGGAAAGUGUUUGUUGGUCACUUUAAGUCGCGCAAAGAAAGAGAGGUUGAGUUUGGAUCCAAAGCUGUGAAGUUCACAAACGUCUACAUCAAAAAUUUUGGAGAAGAUCUCAGUGACGAGAAACUCAAGGAACUCUUUUCUGCAUUUGGGAGGACUCUUAGUGUGCGAGUGAUGAAGGAUGAGAAGGGUCGUUCACGAGGAUUCGGUUUCGUCAACUUUGCUCACCAUGAAGAUGCUCAGAAGGCUGUUGAAGAAAUGAACGGGAAGGAGAUCAACGGGAAGACGAUUUACGUGGGCCGGGCUCAGAAACGCCUGGAGCGCCAGGGGGAACUGAAGCGCAAGUUUGACCAGAUCAAGCAGGACCGCAUCCAGCGCUAUCAGGGUGUGAAUCUGUAUGUGAAGAAUCUGGAUGACAGCAUCGAUGACGAGAGGCUCCGGAAGGAGUUUGCACCUUACGGCACAAUCACAAGUGCAAAGGUGAUGACUGAUAGUGGCCAAAGCAAAGGCUUCGGCUUCGUGUGUUUCUCUUCUCCUGAGGAAGCUACAAAAGCCGUGACUGAAAUGAACGGGAGAAUCGUUGCCACCAAGCCGCUGUAUGUUGCUCUGGCUCAGCGGAGGGAGGAGCGUAAAGCCAUUCUAACAAACAAGUACAUGCAGAGACUAGCUACCCUGAGAACCAUGAGCAGUCCGCUCAUUGACUCGUACCACCAGUCAGGGUACUACAUGACUGUCCCGCAGCCUCCCACUCGCUCCUUCUACAACCACAGUGCUGUCAGCAACGUCCGACCAGUCCCUCGUUGGACAGGACACCCGCCAAGACCACAGGGCCCUUACUCGCCUCCGUUUGUUGGUAGUUCUGUUCCUCGCCGUGCGUCCACCACCAUCACCACAGUCAGACAAGCUUCCACUCAGGCUCCGCGCGUCCUAACCUCAACACAAAAGACAAACAACAUAGGGACUCAGACCGUUGGAGGACGCACGGACGUGGCCGGUGCGCCCAGAGGCAACCAGUACAAGUACUCUUCAGGCGUGAGGAACCCCCUGCACGUUGUCACUGUUCUUGCACCCAUGACGAGGCCACAGAUCGUCUCUGCACCUGUGGUGGAACCAUCUGGUCCAGAGCCGCUCACCGCCUCGGUGCUGGCUGCAGCUCCGCUCAUGGAUCAGAAACAGCUGCUCGGAGAGCGACUGUACCCGCUGAUUCACGCCCUGCACCCGACCCUGGCAGGAAAAAUCACCGGGAUGCUGCUGGAGAUCGACAACUCUGAGCUGCUGCACAUGCUGGAGUCGCCGGAGUCCCUGAACUCCAAGGUGGACGAGGCGAUGGCCGUUCUGCAGGCUCACCAGGCAAGGGAGUGUUCACCAAAGAAAUGAUGGUCUCAGGGCUCUACGAUUUUCUGGUGGUAGAAAUAUAUAUUUGAAGUGAUAUUUUUGGAAA